UUUGUAUUUAUAUGACACAGUUUCUUUAUCCUAAAUGUUCAGUUCAUUCUCAUUAAUUCCCAUAAAUUCCCAUGGAUCAGCAUGCAGUUUGUGCGUUCUCUAUUGACAUUUUCAUGACAAAAUGGAAAUAACUCACUGUAAAGAAUAAGCACAAAAAAGUGUAGUUAUAGUUCAACAUUAUUCAUCUAAAAAUGUCUCUAGGAUGUACAAAAACACAUUAUACAUUAGUGGCAGUGAAGUAGUUUAGUUAUAAUAAUGAUACUUAUAAUAAUUCAUUGCAAUCAGCAUUCUUUAUCUUAUUUUGGGCGGGUUUUUUUUACUAUUUUUACUAUUUAACUUGUUUUUAUUGUGUUUUAUUUCAUUCUAUUUUCAGCAUAUACAGCACUUCUGUUUAAUGAGCCAUAUAGAUAAACUGUGACCUUGAGUUUGACCUUGACUGUCAGCUGUUUAGAUCAUGCCUGAGUUGUGCAACAUUUGGAAGCCAAAAACCCCUCGGCUUCAACUGCUUUUCACCCGCUCCUCGAAAGCAGCAGGAGCCUGUCGCCAUCUAGUGGUCGGGGUGAGAAGUGAAACACAGGUGAUGGAAGCGGUGGUGAUUGCAGACACUGGCUCCACCUGUUCACAGACAGGAGGCGAGUGUGGAUGAAACACACAAACAGUAGAGCUCUGAUGUUUGGAAUCACAUCCCAACAAAGGCUUUCCCUGAUGGACGUGACAAAGCGCCUUGAUUUUUCUGGUGAAGAUUUGAGUUUGGAUCAUGAGCCUAACAUGGAGGCAGUUCCCAAAGAGAAAAAAGACACUGAUAAGAGGAGGACGUUUGAUUUGGACGCCACUGAGACAAAAACGGAGCCGGCGUGCACUGACUCCAUGCUGAAAGGGAUGAAAGGUUAUGAGCCGACACCAGCUGACUUGGAGUUCAUAAACAAGAUGAAGGAAGAGAAACUGCUCAAACACAUGCAGGAAGAGCUGCUGGAGGUGCAGAGGUUAUUGAAAAGGGAGGAGAUGGCGUUGGAGCUCGCGUGCGCUUCCAGAGACAAAGUGAAGGCUGAACUCAACAAGUUCCCAUCCUGCGAAGAGCUCAGCGAGUGGAUAAUGGUCGUCCUCAAAAUAACAAGGCCGUUGUUGGACUUGACAGACCUGGACACCAAGGAUCUCCUCGCCCUGGUGACGGAGGAAGACGUCCAGACAGCCAUGGACGAGACGAGGUACCAGAUCAAGCAGAAGGAGAGGAUCCUGACAAACAGGAGGAAAAACGAGGCCAAAGGAAAUGGGCGGCUUGAAAAAGUGAUUGCAACCGAGCAGCUGAAAAUACAGAAGAUGAUGACGCAGUUGUCUGAUCUGACGUCUGAACUCGCCCGACAAGAGGAAAUUUAUAAAGCUCUUCAGACGCAGAUCGAGACUAGCAAAGGCAACAAAGUGGAAGCAAAAGUAGAAGACACCUCUGAGGUUAAAAGUGAAGGGAAACAACAAAGGAAACCAAGAAAGAAGACCAAGGAAAAGUUGCCAGAUGCCAAAAACGAAAGGAAAUCCAACAGAAGCAAACGUGCAGAUGUUAAAACAGAAAAUCAGGCUGUUAAAGAUGACACAAAUGAAACUCCAUUAACAACUCCGUCAACAACUGUGCAAACAAAAUCCCGGUCUCUGAAAGCAGCCAAAGGGCCUCAAAGGAAAGUUCAGGAACAAGAAGCUAAAUCCCAAGAGUCUGUUCAAGCUGUGAGAGGAAGACCAAAACCUGCAGAAACUAAAGUGAAAAGUGUGGACGUUCAGUCCAGCAAGCCCCUGCAGGCUGCACCGUCGCGCAGAAGAGGGAAAGCUGCUGUUGCUGCUGCUGCUCCUCCUCCUCCUCCACGUGAUGAUGGAGAGGAGGCACAGAGCGCUGGUCUUAGGAGAUCCAAGAGGAUAGCAAACAAGAGAAGUGGGCUUUGAGAUGACACACAUGCCGGCAGCCAGUGGGAAAAAGUCACUGUUCCCAAGCAGCACAAGCUCCCACUACCGUCCUGAUGUUCUUAGCGCAGG